GCUUGGGCUUGAAACAAAUCGUUUAUCGAAAAUUCCUACAGAAAUUUGUAACCUACCAUAUUUAAGAUAUUUAAAUAUUUCUAACAAUGAGUUCAGAAAAUUUCCUGAAGCGCUAUGUUUACUUCCAAGAUUGGAAAUAUUAGAUAUUAGCAAGAAUAAAAUUAAGAAAUUACCAAAGGAUUUUGGAAAAUUGAUGUCAUUGAAGAAGCUUCCUACUUAUAUCGCAGAUAUGAAGGAACUACAAUAUUUAAAUAUAGAUAAUAACCCAAUUCAAUUUCCUCCAAAAACCAUUCAUAUUAUGCCAAAAGGAGAAGAUAAAGAAAUAAUGGAACCUUGGCUAACCAAAUUAAAGGAAUACUUAAAGCAGCAUGCAGGCAAGCUUAGUAGUGAAGAUGAAAGUGAGAGAGAUAUAAUAACACGUAGCAAAUCAUUAAAGAAAGCUACUUCAAUUGACACGUACUUUCAUUCAACUCAUAAUUCUCAAAAUUUAAUAACCAAAACUGAAAGUGAACAGGUAUUAUUAAAACUUGAAAAGAAACGACUAAAUUCUAAGUUAAGUUUGGAUUUUCCGAUAACACGUCGUGAAAGGAGUUACAGUGGUGAUUUUGAUUCUGUAUCUAAGAGCCUUCGGAGUACAUUUGUUCGGACUCAUUCGAAAAGUUAUUCACACGAUUCAAUAAGUUCACAUGGCAGCCAAAAUGAGAUUUUAGAAGAGCAUAGCAGUGAUGUUUACUUUCAAAAACUUAGAACACUUCCCCUAACCGAUCAUCUCCCAAUGAGUGGUUUAUCAUUAAGAGAGGCUAGUCGAAAUAUUUUAUACGCGUUGUCUCAAGUACAUAAAGCAAUGUGUCAAUUCAUCUCUUUUACCGGCAAUGAAAGAAUAUUUUUUGCAGAACUUAAUAAAACUAACGCAUCAAUAAGUCAAUUGAGCAUGGCGCUACAAAAAUUUGAUAUAUUUUCACAAAAAGCUGCACCUGAUGCUAAUCAUUUCAUUAAAUUGCUCGGAUCAUGUCAAGAAAAUAUAACGAAUUUUAAAAUUCUUUUAGAUUUAUUUAACAAGCGUAUCAAAACUUUAACACAAUCAUCAGAUAACUUGCGAUAUUCACGUACACUUUUAUUAAUAUUUCAUGGUGCCAUAGUAGAUAUUAAGUUUGCAUGGGAAAAUAUAUUACCUCUUUUAACUAAUAACACGCCUUUUACAGGAAUACCUACACCCAUGCGUUCAAAAUCCAUAUCACGGUCAAAUAGUAUUAGUAGUAUUAAUGGUUCCUCUUUAUAUACAAAUGGAAACAAUAUUUCAUCUACCACUGGAAUAUCUUCAACUAAUAAUUCACAUAUUGAUGUUACAUUUCCAGCCUCAAUAUUUGAAAAAAUACUUACAAAAGUCGGCGCAGCUGUCAAAUGGGUUGAAAGUGUUGGAAAACUUUUAGCCGAGCACCUGGAGAAUGCACUUG